UGAUUUUUUUUCCCCAGGCAGUCUAUGUGCAACAGUGCAAGGCGAGGUGAUCUGUACCGUACGUGUAUGUGCCGCAUUUGUCUGUUACGCGUGACUAAUCUGGUGAACCAAUGGCGUAUUUCCAACCUGCCCUGGGUAAACGCGCCUUAGUUUUGGAGGACCUAUCAGCGAAGUCUGUUGACGUAACACUCAACUCUUGAGAAACGCAGUAUUUCUGGAAAUGGUAGCGCAACCUUAGGUGUUGUAAACUAUUCGCUUAAAUGUUUCACUGUAUGUUGGUUAUAGUAGCGGUGUUGCCUAGAAAAGUGUUUUAUUUGCGAAAUAUGAUUUAAAUCCACAAAUCGUGCUCCGGGGGAUGCGCGGGCGUGGCCUAUUUGACAGACAGGUUGAGUGGCCUAUAGAAUACGCGUAGGCGUAUACGAAUGGCGUUACAUCAGCCAAUGGAGCCGUCGAUGGGUUUAUAAAAAGUCGGGCGGAGCCUCAGCCUCGCCAUUUCAUUGUAGCUCUGCGCUGGAGGAUAGAGGAAGUCAGAAAAACAAGGCCGCGAAACUCGGAUAUUCGAACGAAACCGGUUCUUAAACCGAAUCCGGAUCCAUCCCGAUGGAGACGGCCUUUAGCCCGCCCUUUGACAGCUCUUUGGGCGGGGGCGACGGCAUGCAGGGGGUCAUAAUGAUGGAUCAGACCAUCUCCGGACCCGGCAAGCGCAUCCGCAAGCCGUCGCUGCUGUAUGAAGGGUUUGAAGGACCUGCUCUGCCCCAGGUACCCCAAUCCGGACCCCCUCAACCUCCUGUACGGGACCCCAAUCGACAGGGCCGCAUGACUAACCAACUGCAGUUCCUCCAGAAGGCUUUACAGAAAACCCUGUGGAGGCAUCACUUCGCCUGGCCUUUCCAUGAGCCAGUGGACGCUUCCAAGCUCAACCUCCCUGAUUAUUAUAACAUCAUUAAGCAGCCCAUGGACAUGGGGACCAUCAAGAAAAGACUAGAGAACAAUUUUUACCGCAGUGCCAAUGAGUGCAUGCAGGAUUUCAACACCAUGUUCACCAACUGCUACAUCUACAACAAGCCAACAGAUGACAUCGUCCUGAUGGCCCAGUCUCUGGAGAAGGCUUUCCUGCAGAAGGUAGCACAGAUGCCCCAGGAGGAAGAAGAGAUUCCCUCACCUGUCCCGAGGGUCAAACCGGGCAAAAUUAAAAAAGGCCAGAGAUCAAUUUCCGGUGGAUUCACGACAGCUCAUCAGGUCCCAGCUAUAUCUUCUGUAUCCCAGUCGUCCUACUCCCCUCCCACUCCAGACACCCCCGACUCGGUCCUGUCCACCCCACCGCAGAUGCUUAUAACCAAGACUUUGCUUCCGACUUCACACAGCACCCCUGCACUGCUAAGCCUGCCACCUACUCAACCUACUGCAAAGAAAAAGGGCGUCAAGCGCAAGGCAGACACGACCACCCCCACCACCACAGGCAUGCCCCUCACUAUGGGUAUAGGUGGCAUGGGUCUCGGCUUGGGCGGCGGUGACUCCCCGCUUACCAUCUCUGCUUUUAGUGCAGACCCCAAACAGAGCCUGUCCCUUGGCCUGAACCUGGGUCUUGGCGGAGGCCUGGUUGGAGACAAAGUUCCGGCAAGACGUGGCGGCAGUGGCAGGCCCAUCAAGCCACCACGGAAAGACUUGCCCGACUCCCAGAACCAACACCAGCCAGUGCGGCGUGGGAGGCUGACCCAGCAGUUACGCUACUGCAGCACCAUUCUCAAGGAGCUGCUGUCGAAGAAGCACACAGCCUACGCCUGGCCCUUCUACAAGCCGGUGGAUGUUUCCUUACUGGGACUGCACGACUAUCACGAUAUUAUCAAGUGUCCCAUGGACCUGAGCACUAUAAAGAGGAAAAUGGAUCAUCGGGAGUACCGGGAUGCAUUGCAGUUUGCUGCUGACAUCAGGCUAAUGUUUUCAAAUUGUUACAAGUACAAUCCCCCAGAUCAUGAUGUGGUGUCCAUGGCCCGAAAAUUACAGGAUGUCUUCGAGUUCCGCUUCGCCAAGAUGCCUGACGAGCCCCUGGAUUCCCUCCCACCUGCGUCCCUGGGCGGCGGCCUGGGCGGUCACUCCUCCUCUUCCUCCUCCUCUUCCUCCUCGUCGUCAGAGAGUGACGUGAGCAGUGAGAGUGAGAGCGAGAGCAGCCCGAGCUCUGACAGUGAGGAGGAGAGAGCGCAUCGCCUGGCCCAGCUUCAGGAACAGGUGUGUACACAGUUGAGGGCGGUGCACGAGCAGCUGGCCGCGCUGUCCUCUACGCCCAUCAUCAAGCCCAAGAAGAAGAAAGAAAAGAAAGACAAGAAGAAAAAGAAGAAGCCGGAAAAACACAAGCGGGCCAGGAGCAUGAUUGAGGAUGAGGUAGUCAUUCGGCCGGCGAAAACACCAAAACUGUCCAAGACACCAAAGAGCAAGAGCAACAGCAAAGCAGCGACCUCUACUCAGGGCAAGAAGAGCUCCAGUAAGAAGAGCAACAAGAGCAAAUCUUCAAAGAAAUCUCAAGCCGCAUCGUUUAACUCCCUACCCGUGAGCCACGGUGGUCUUACGCCACACUACGACUCUGAGGAAGAGGAGGAAACCAGCCCCAUGAGCUACGACGAGAAGCGCCAGCUCAGUCUGGACAUCAACAGGCUGCCGGGCGAGAAACUGGGCCGUGUGGUCCACAUCAUCCAAUCACGAGAGCCCUCGCUGCGGGACACCAACCCAGAGGAGAUCGAGAUCGACUUUGAGACGCUCAAACCGUCCACGCUACGGGAACUAGAGCGCUACGUCAUGAUGUGUUUACGAAAGAAACCACGGAAACCUUAUGUGGCAGUCAAAGGUGCUGCGGGUAAAUCUCGUGAGGAGUUGACUCUGGAGAAGAAGAGAGAGCUGGAGAAAAGACUGCAGGACGUCAGCGGCCAGCUUAACUCCGGCAAGAAACCACAGAAAAACAAAGUGGAGAAGCCCACUGCGGUGGAACCCAAUGCCAUGGCUUCUCGUCUCAGCGCCAGCAGUUCCAGCUCAGACUCCUCCUCAUCGUCAUCCUCUUCCUCAUCCUCUGACACCAGUGAAUCAGACUCAGGCUGAACCAAUCAAAAGGAACAGACACGCACUCCAUCCCAGAAUAGAAUAGAUCUCCUGCUCUAAAUAACAAUAACUAGUGGAACAGAGGAAUAUGAAUAAGGAAGAGCAGGCUUUCUCUUUAGAUGUAUAGAAGCAAUGUGAGGUCAAAGAGAAUUCUGGGAAAUGUUGGACGGAGAAGGAACUGAUGGAAAAGCAGACAUGGGCAUCGUCGUCUAAUCUGGACUCAUUUCCGUUAGUCCAUCCUUCUUUACCUUGUGUAUAUAAAUGUACAAAGAUAUAUAAAUAUCUAUUUUUCUUUUAUAAAGAAGAAUUUUAAGCAAUUCCCUGGUAGGGAAGAAAACAAACAUCUGACUUUUUCUUUUGUGAAUAUUUUGUUGCUUUUUAUUUUUUCUCUCCCUCUUGUGUGAUCUAUUAGUUGUUUGUACUAAAGAAAACAAAAGGCUUGGAUUGGAAACUGUCACUUUUGUUUGCAUGAGCGAGUGUGUGAUGUGUACUCGUGCCAUUGAAUCCAGUGGUUUUCCCGCCCACCCUUGCACAUACAUGAAUGCGUGGCCGCUUGGUUGUGCAUUUGAAUGACAAAA